UGUUAUUUGUUAGUUUGUAUAAAAUUUGUUUUGUUAAAAAUUGUUUGUAUCACAUGUCACGCUCUUGUCGAGAUCGGUUUCGAAUUUUUUAAUUGUUAUUUAUUGUAAUUCUUGUUGCGUGUUUUUUUUAUUAUUAACAAAAAUUAAAAAAAAAAAAAAACAAAUAAAAUAAUUGCUUUGUGCCGUAUGCCGCCUAAGGAAUUGAAUGUAAAGCUAGCUUUAAUUGAAUAUAAUUAUUUUUUAUUAAUUAAUUAAUAUAUAUUUUUUGACUAUUCAUUAUUAUAAUUAGAAGAAUACAUAAGAACCGACGAAGAAAAAGAAAAAAAGCCUUACAGAUGAUCGCAUUUUAAAAUCAUUAAUUCAUCAUUUUUUUUUUUAAUUUUUUUUUUUUUAAAGUUCUAUCUAAUCUGAAUUAAAAAAAAACGUUACAAAAUUAUUAACUCUUCGUCUUUGGGGUAAUCAAAAGUUCAAGGAUUUAUACUCUUCUGUAAGAAACAAAUUCCUUUUUUUAUGAAACAGUAUAUUCAGGUCUUUUAAUACAGUAUAAUGUUUUAUUUUUAAAAAAUUAUCAUUUUUUGCAAAUAUUUUUCGUUUGUUCUUUGCAGCCAUUUUUCUUUAUUUACAUAUCGUCGCUGUUUAAGAAAACCGGCAAAACUAAAAAGAUCUAAAUUCUUCAGAAAAGCUGUUUUAAAUUUCCAAAUUUGUAAAUUUUCCAUACUUUUUUCAUAAAAUGAAGAAAAAGAAUCAGCUGUGUGAUAGGAAGGACGCCAAUCCUUUAAAUUUAUACUGAGUUCGCAAAAAUUAAGAAUGUAUUGUUUUCAGUAUUAUGGCAUUUAUAACUCAAAAAGCAGGAUUUUUGAGUUUUCUUUAACAGCGACGAUAUAUGAUUGAGAUUAACAAAGUAAAUAUUUUUAACUCUCUAAUGUUAGGAUAUUCUUAUGUACGAAAGCAGGGUAGUCAAAUCUAACAGAAGAAUUAAAAUCUGUAUGGGUCAUAUUGACGGUUUGUUCAAAAUAUGUGACUUUGACGUUUCUACAAAAACUGGGGCUAUUUUAUUCAUAGACAAUUUAGACCCACUUCUAAACCACUAUGAAAACGAACUGUAUAAAACGUUCAAUUUCAGACAAGAAAAUGAUUUAGUUUAGCUUUUUUGAUGAACUAUUAAAAAAAUAAAUUUCUAAACUCAAAAACACAAUAUUUCCCAUGUCAAUAAUAUGGAAAAUUGUAAUUUACCAUGCAGCAAUAUUAAUAUUAAGGGCUGUAACUUUCCAGGAUUCUUUUUCAUCAUUUUCAACAAUAUUUUUGAUUUAUGUAACUAUGAACAAAAACAUUUUUUUUGAAUCAGUCUAGUAUAAAUAAUUAACAAUGAAUAAAAAAAGAAAUGUUUAGUCCCAACAACGUUGGAUCUGAACUCAUAACAACGAGUCACACAAAUGUUAGCAGACUCGCUAACAUUUGUGUGGCUGUGCCUGUGCUGUAAAGUUGUCGAGUUGGUUUAGGAGAUCCUUUAAAUAAUAUUAACUCUGCCUGAGCUUGUCUAAUUUUCUAACUUUGUCAACCGCAGCUAAUAACUUUACAAGCUAUUCUUAUCUUAUUUUAUCGAUGUAUGUAAUUAAGGGGCCGAUAACACGAACAAAUAUUAAUAUACAGUAAUACAAAAAAAAGUGAGCAUUUUAAAAAACAAAAAUAUUCCUCUGCAGGCAUUUCUUUUCAUUAUAGAGUACUUUUUUAUGUUUUUAUUAUUUAUUUUUUACAAAGACUUAGGUAUUCAAUAUUAAUCUGUCGCGGAUUAGAUAGACCUUUAAUCAAUCUUGACAUUCCAAAUUGAAUAUAAUUACUCAUUUAAAAAUCCUCAAUUUAUGUUGGUAAAUAAAUAAAAAGAAAAAAAAAAACGUACAAAUUAGAAGAACAAAUUACGUAUAAACGAAGCAAUCAAAACAAAUAUUUUAUAUAUACAAUUAUGUAGAUUGAGACUAUAAAAAGAUAUUGUUUUAACCAUAUAAAAAAAUUAUUAUUCCCAUUGUUGAGAUAAUUAUUUACGAAUAUCAUUCUUCUGCUAUUUGCAAAGUACUAAAUAAAAUUUAAUAAAAACACACUCACACAUAAAAUACAAAACACUCUACAUUAUAUCCGCACACACACACAUUCUCAGAACUCACAAAUCAAAAACAUAAUUCAUAUUAUAAAGAAUUCAAAAAAUAAAAAUUAUUAAUAAAAAAAUUAAAUACAUUUUUCACUAAAGCAGUUGGGAAAUUAGUCCAAUCAGAAUAACCAAAAUACAAAAAUAUAAUAAUCAACUUAACAAUCCAAUUCCAAACUUAUCCCUUUUAUCAUACAAAAAGCUGUACAAAAAAAAAAAUAACAAAGUUAACUUAUAUACAUAUUAUACUCUUUUGAUUUAGUAAUUUUAUAAUUAUUAAACGCAUGUUAAGAAUUUAUUAAAAAAAAAAAUAAUAUAUAUAAAUAUUAUUUACAUAUACACAAAAAUACAACAAAACAAAAAAAAUCAUUGAACUAUUGAAUUGAUUCCAUUAUAAGCAAAAUGGGUAACUUCUCAGCACAAUCUAAAACUGGAUGGACGAUAUACCAAUCCAGGGCGAUGAUCCACAUCUUUUGCAGUCGCAAACACAAAAUCAGCCGCCAGCUUUGACGAGCAUAACCGAAGAAGGUGGCAGCGAUCUACAGCAGCCUAGUCGAAAUUCCAUCAUACGAACCAGCAAAGAAGGCAUCAAGGCUCAAGCUCAUAAAGCUUUAAUUGCAGGCUUCAAAAAAUCUAAAGACAAAGAUAAGGACAAGGAUAAAGACAAAGAAAAAGAGAAGGAUAAGGACAAAGAUAAAGACAAGGAUAAGGAUAAAGACAAAGAGAGUAAAUCGGUUCUCCAUAGAAAUGGCACCAUCACUGCCGAACCCAAAGAAGUACCUAAGCCCCCGAUUCGUAAAGAUAAACACGCAAAUCGUAGUUCAGUUAUUCAAGUUUCUUCUCAAGACUCAUCGGUUGUCGAUUCGUUUGAUAGAAGUCCUGGUCCCAAUAUCAAAACUGGCAAACACUUUGAUUCCAGUAGUAGUCUCAGCAAUAUCACAGCUUCAUCAGCCACUACCUCCACCGCUGAAAUGGUUCCAAUGCAAACUAUGCUUACCAAUGGCAAUUUCAAUGACAGUGAUCUAACCAACGAUUCCAUUGAUACAACAUGUGAUGCAAGUGAUUCGUUACACUCGGGAAAUAGUAUAGAUUUGUCGAAACAAAGACCAACUUUGCCAGUUAUCAGUGCCAUUGGUGAUCAGGUGCAAAAUAGUCAACUGUAAGCGUGCGCUCUAAAUGUAGUUAAAAAGACAUGAUGCUGUUGUCGUUGUCUCGUCAGGUUGUCGCAUAAUAGUUGCUGAAUUAAAAAAAUGAAACAAACUUCUUCCACGGUAUAGGCUUUUAAAAAAAAUAAAAUAAAAAGCCCACUUAUUUAAUUCUGUAUAUUUGGUAAGUUGUUUAGAUAUUUAUAUUUAUUAUAUGAUAUUUUUUUUCCUUAUUUAAAUUUUUUUGUCGUUUAAAGAUGGUAAAGGAGUGCGAUUUGUUUUUUUAUUUGCCCCAUUCAUUGUGUUGUUUAGUUUAAAACAAAUGUAUACUAUAUGAGUAGUGCCAAGGUAAUUUGUAAGUUUGAAUUUUAAUAAUUGGUCUGCAUACUAAAAUGAUGGCAAUAUAAUUUUUAAGAUUAAGAUAAACUAAACAAUGCUUUAUUAGGGUCUUAUAUUUUUUUAAAAGGCUUGUUAGAUCACUUUUUUCAUUCACUUACAUACAAAUCAUUCAGUUAAAUCGUAUUUUGUAGUUUUUUUUUCAAUAUGUCUCGAUUUGAUUCAAGAUCUUGAAAAAUAUUUCCUCGCAUAGCUGUGUUUCAUGUAUAAGAUAUCACAGUAGGUAAUAAGCUACCUGAAACUGUGAAUUUUCCCCGUCCCCCUUGUGAUGGUAGAUAGGCAGUAUGUUGUCUGAGUCUGAAACCAUUCAAUCUGAAAUUUUCAUUUUCUACCAAAGAUCAAUAAAUUAUUUCUGAUCUAGCAAAAAAUGUCUGUUCGAAAUAAAACAACAAAUUUUUGAAUUUUUUCUCGUAGCUUUUAAUAAUAUUGCACUUACUGCGUAAUUAAAAACAGUUAAUUUUCAAAAAAUCACGAAAAAUGUAUUAAUUUUAACUCAAUUAAAAAAUAUUCAUUUGUUUUUGACCAACGCAGUCAACGCAUUUGCAAAGAUAAUUGUAAUAAUUUAAUUCAAUAUUUUCAAAAGCUGUUUUACAAUACUUUAAAGAAACACAUUUAGAACCUUAAGUGAAAAAAACCUAUUUUUGGACUUGUGUUUAUGCCAACCACCACGGAUUUUUUUUUAACUAGUAUUCAAAGUUGAAAGCUUAGUACAAUUUGUUGUAGGUUGAGUUUCUUUUUAACUAACUUUACAAACAAAUGCUAUUGAUUCUUUGCUUAUGGUAAAAAUGAUAUAAAUUAAAUCGUGGGGCGGCGCAGUGGCAUUUGUAGUACAUAAAAGGUACAACAACAAAGUAUUAAAAGAAUAAUAGCAAUUUUUAUAGAAAAGCAUUCUUUUUUUACCAAAAAGUAUAAAAACUCAACCUUGUUUCUAUUAUUUUUUCCACCACUGUAAUACAAAUUUUAAAAUUUCCCAUUUUAAAUGGGAACUUUAAAUUUAAUGAACUGUGAAUAUUUUGGAUCUAAAAGCCAGUUUAUCAAUAAGCUUGGAGUUAUUAAAUAGACCUUGGUUAAUUUAAGAAGCACUUUUACAAAACACCUAACGAACUAAUAUCAUUUAAUAUAAACAAAGGAGAAUGGGAAAAUUUGUAUAGAACGUCGACGUUACGCGGCCAUUAAUGAAUUUGUUAUUUUAUGAUGUAUUUAAGUCUUACAUGUGGAGAAGUUUUAUCCUUUCUUUUUUAAAACAACAGUUUUGAGAGUUUUUUUUUGUUAUUUUGAAUCGUUUGAAAACUCUUGAACUAAAUCUGGAUUAGUUUGGCUUAAAAAUCUUAUAUUAUAAGUUCUAGUAAUCGGAUAUUUAAGAUUAAUGUCUUAAGGCUCAGGGAAAAUGACAGAGCAUCAUAUUUUAUAUUUAAAAUAAAUAUGUAUAUAAUUCAAUUUGGCCUGCAUACAUAGGCAUACAGUGAACGUUGCAUUGCAAUAUCUCAAAUUCUUAAUGCAAUAGCGCCAAACCUCCAUAGCAAAAGUUUUUCCUAGGUUAUAGAUCUAUCAUUUGAUACCAAUUUCAUUAAUGGCCGUCGAACGAAUUCCCACUCUCCUUCGCUCUGUUGGCUUAGAGUUAAAUUUAACGCGGUUAACUAUAAACACGCAUUGAAAAAGUGAGCCUAAGGUGAUGUUAAAUUACACUACACACAUCAGUAAUUUACUUACUUAAAUUCACGUGAGAAAAUUCUAGAAACACUUUUAGAAAAAAUAUGGAACUGUUAACACAUUUUUAAAAAACUUACAGAAAUUCUACAAUUUUCGCAGUCAAAUCGAUUAGUUGAAAUUUCUUGUUUUUAAAGUUCGAAAGUAUUUGUCGAAUUUAAUUUUGUAAUUUUUGGCUAUAGUGUAAACAUUCCUAUUAGGCACUUCUGUAAGAUUUACGUCAACCGUUAGAAAAACUUACUUGUAGGAUAACUUUUCUUUUUACAUUUAACACAUGUCAUUUUUAAUCAUUUUACCCAACCAUGUUUGCUGAUUGCCUCUGAUUCCCCAAAUGUUCCUAAAUCGAAUGUUUUAUAAUAUUUUUGUUGUUCCUAAAACUGUUUCUCAUUUAAUUUUGUACUUUAGUUUUUCUAUCUUAAUCGCACUUCCCCAAUCUUUAUUCUCAACCAUAAAACUUAAUAAAAAAAUCCUAAAAAUAAUAAUUGUUGGCAAUAAUUUUUAAUUAAAACCAAUGUAUCCAGUUUAUAUAAAAAAAAUUAUUAUAGGACUAAAAAACAAAAAAAAUCAACAAAAAAAAAAUACAAAAAGAAAAGGAACGAUAUUCAUAUUUAUUAACUCAUUUUAACUGUGUAAUAUUAUAUAUAAAGAACUGUUGCAAUGUAUUACUAUAUUAUAAUAUUGUAUAUUAUUAUUAAAUUAAAGAAAUACUUAAAGGAAACAAAAAAAUUCUAAAAAACAAAAUACAACAUUCAAACAUUUAUGUAUAUUAUUAAUCAAUUAAACAAAGAUAACUGUACCAAGUAUAAAUUUAAAAAAAAAGUCAUGUUUGUAAAUUUAAAAACAUUCAUUUUGUAUAUAGUCUAGAAUCCAACUCCAAAACAAUUACAACCAUCUUUUCUAAAGCAAUUACCUUAUAUGACAAAUGAAAAAAAAUAAUGAAUACUACCAGGGUUGCCAUUGUAUGUAUAUAAUAAUAAAAAAAAAAAUAAAAGAAAAACAUACAAAAAUAUCUGUCAAUAGGUAUGUGAUUUUGGAUUUUACAAAGUACUUUUAAUUAGGUAUUACAGGUUGCAUUCAAAGCAUUUUUUUUUUUUUUUUUUUGGAGAAAAAUGCAGUCAUAAGUACUUUAAAAUACAGUUAUGAGUAAUUGUAAAGCCCAAUGGCACUCACCUUAUGAAAAUUGACCAAACUGAAACUAAAAUUUCACGUUACAAUUGAUUAUAGUUAUUGUUUAUUUGAACUGCAAAAAAAUCAAAUUUUAAUGCCGUUUUUCUUCAGUCCACUGAGAGUUUUAAGGUUUUGUGUUUCUUGGUCUUGGUUCGUAUCCCAGCCUCCUUUUUUUUCAAAGGGUACUGCCUUGCGAGGAAUUGAACAAGCUUUCAAAAGUUUCAUUUUCAUGAAAAAGAGACUCUCUGCUUAGUGAUUCGAACUCGGCGGUAAAUUGUAGGCAUCUUCCAUUUUUGUACACAAGAAUGGUUAAGAGUUAGCAACUAAGCCUUGCUCUUGUGCCAAAAAUUAUACUUCUUAACAAUCCUGAUUUUAAGAAUCAAAGCCUGGCAGAUUGAUAGGCAAUCCAAGUAGUUUGAAAGUUAAUUAAUACAUAUUAUAAUCAGAAAAUACAGAUGGUGUAAAAAAAAAGUAGUUGAGUCUCGUCCUAAAAGUUAAUGUACAUCCAAGUUAUUUAAUGUUUUAUAAAAAGUACAAACAAUUUCAGAGAACGAUAUCUAAAUAUGUACAAAAAAAUACCUUAACCGAUUUUUUUUUUCAGAAAUAUACAAAAAUCUUUAUUAUUUUAAAAGCCCCAUGUAUUUGUAUGUUAUGUUUAUAGUAAAAAAAAAUCAAUCAGCUUGAUUAUGGAAUUCGAAUCGAAUCGUCUUUUAUCAUUACCAUAAUUUUUUUGUAUUCAAAUCAAAAGUUUAAGCCUUUGUUUAAAGUCGCAGUUUCGUUUUGUCAUUUCGUACAUCGAAUUUAAAUUAUUGAAUAAAUUGACACGAAGAGUUUCAAAAAUGAUAAAAAAUGAUUCGUUUCAAUUUUCAUAACAAAACACUCAGCCGUAUUGCGAUUUGCAACUAUCAGUCGAUAGUUGAUAAAAAUUAAAUUUCGAUAUUACUCAAUUAAAAAAAGUUUUGAAAACACAGAAUGGUCCUAACCGUUAUUAAAUGAAAUCUAAUUACAAAAUUCCAUUUAAAAGUUGAUCAGUUUUCCUAUAAAUUAGUUUUAAAAAUCCCAAAUUUGAGUAUUUAUCAACUAUCGAUUGAUAGUUGUAAAUCACAAUAAGGCUGACUGUAUCUUAAAUGUAUUUUGAAAAAAAAAAAUUCUCUUCUCACAGUGAUGGUUUUUGAUACUCUCUGAAUAAAAAACAAGAACAAAAUUUUAGAUAGAUUUUUGUAUUUUAAUUUAUUAUGGGUUUCUAAUUAGGUAUAGGUACAUUAUACACAUACAUCUAUAUAUUUAUUAUCUCUUUUUAAUUAAAAUACAAAUUUAAAUAUUCGGGUUAAUUAAUUGUAUUAUUACUGUUGUAUUUUAAAUGGAAACAUAUAUUCAAUUUGGAGAUGUUGUAUAAAGAGAUUCUUUGUAUAAUAAAAAAAAAAAAUAAAAAACAAUAAACCAACUGUUAAACAGUCAUUUUCAUGUGCAGUACACACACUGAAUAAAUGCCAUUAAAAAAAUGUUUUAAACAUACAUAAUUGUAUUAAUUAUAUUAUUAUUAUUAUUAAAUUUUAAAUUUCAAAAAGGGAAAUAAGUGUAUUAUAUUAAAAAAAAUAAUUUUAUUUGAAAUAAAACAUAAAAAU